AGUCAAUCAGGCGGGAUGCACGGCUCUCUCGUCAUUCCUCAGCUUUCCAUUUCAUGCGCAUGUGGACAGCCCGCGUCUUGAGUCUGCUUGGCAUCGCGUCCCUUGCCGCGGCCGACGCGUGCGCUUCUGCGAGCUUCAACGCGACGGCGUCCGUGGCAAUUUCGUCGUCGAUUGCCGUGCGCAGCCUCGUUGUCGGCGCCGAGGCGUGCUUCCAAGUCACCUGCACCGAAGCCUCGGCGCAGUGGGUCUCGAUCGGCUUUGCUGCCUCGUCCAAGAUGGUCAACAGCCCGAUCACCAACGCAAUUGUCUUCACAUCGACCUCGGCCUCGGUUCAGCUCUACGCGCUCGGCGACUACAGUGCGUCUGGCAUCACACUCCAAGGGGACCAGUCGGCUAUCACCGUGGCCCACGCCUCGAGUGUCAACGGUGUCGCGUCAUUUACCUUCUCACGCGCCUUGGCGAGCUCGAGUGCCGACGUGGCGUUGACCGACGGCGGCGCCACAACGGUGCUGUGGGCCUAUGGUACGUCGGCGUGGCCAGCUUACCAUGCCGAGCGCGGCGCUGCCCGCCUCGUCCUGAGCUCGGCAGUGGGCCCGGCCCAAGUGUUUGCCGCGGCGUCGACAGUCGUCACCACGUACACUGUCAUCAUUGUCGCCGCGGCGUUCGUGACGCUGGUCGCGAUGGGCUUGAUCGCGACGCACGCUGGUGAGUGGCGCAUCAUCAACCACAAGACUUUGCUGGCGCCGCCCAGUGCGUCGCAUGUCCUAGAUACCGUGCUCCGGCCACUUGCGGACGUCAAGGUCGGCGAGUGGCUCGUCGUCACCGUGUACAUCGCGAUGCUCACCAUCAUCGGCGCGUCCAUCAAGCAUCAGUUUGUCGGGGCGAGCGUCAACCGCACUGCAAGCCUCGUCACCGGGCACUUGGCGCUCUCGCACUUGAUGCUGUUGCUCUUGCCCGUCGCGCGCGGCAAGCACUGGGAGCUCGCGUUCGGGAUCGGCCCGGAGCGGAUUCUCAAGUUCCAUCGGGCACUUGGCCGCGUCGGCGUCGUGCUCAUGCUUGUGCACUUGCUUUUGAACGUCGUCAACACCAACGUGACGACAUCGACCGCGGUUGGGACGCAGGAAGCCGUGCCGCUCUACGGCUUCCUCGCCUUCCUCGCGUUCGCGUCCAUGGGGCUCAUCGCGUUCGAGCCGAUCCGCCGGCGCUGGUACGAAGCCUUCCUCUACUUCCACCGUGUCGCAGCGCUUGCUGGCAUCGUCUUGGCCAUGCUGCACAGCACGGCGGUGGUCUAUGGCAUGAUCUUCCCGCUUGUCAUUUACGGCCUCAGCGCUCUCGGCCGGCUCCGCGCCUUCUUCAACCGGUUCGAGGCUACCGUCGACGCGAACGCACACGACACGGUCACGCUUCUGUUGCCGUCGACGACAAAGACCAAGCACUGGGCGGCCUCGAUGAACCCGUGCGCCUUCUUCUACGUCUGCGUCCCGUCCAUCUCGGCCACCGAGUGGCAUCCGUUCUCAGCAAUCGUGUCGCCCAAGCAAGAUUCGAUCGGCUUUUGCAUCAAGGCGCCGAAGAAAGGGUCGUUUGGUGACAAGGUGUGCCACGCUGCGGCAGCGUCGCCCACGCUCACCGUGCUCGUCGGCGGACCGUACGGCAAGCUCAGCGUCGACAUUGCCAAGUACGACCGCGUCGUCAUGGUCUGCGGCGGCGUUGGUGUCACGCCGAUGCUAAGCCUUGUCAACCAAUCCCGCGACGACAAGCGCCAUCGCGACGGCAAGUUUGUGCUGCACUGGGUCGUGCGAUCGCCGAGCGAUCUGCUCAUGGCCGACAGCCUCAUGCAUCCGCUGCCGCACCACGCGACGAGCAAGCUGUACGUGUCGACGGCGACCGCAGCGGGCAGCGCGCGCAGUCUCUCGGGCGAAGAUAUUUCGUUUGUGCCCGGGCGCCCCGUGCUCGACGAAAUCCUCAACCUCGAGCGGUUCCUCGGCGAAAAAGUGUGCGUCCUCGCGUGCGGCCCCCCGAGCCUCGUGGCCGACGUCCAGCGCCAAGCCUACUCGCUAGGGUUUGCCUUCCACAAGGAAGUGUUUGCUUUUUAACUAUCAAUUUUAUCCGAUUAUAACUUGAUA